CAAAUAUGCACUUGUAAAUUGAGAUGCCUUGUUUGACUUGCAAAAACGUCUUGAUUAGCAGCAGCUCUUAGUAACAGUGCCACAGGAAACACAGAGAAAACAAAUGAACCCAGAAGAGCUGCUUUUCUUACCUGGGACUAGUAGUAAUAAAGAGAGAAAAUUUCUGUUUCGCACAGUAAAAAUAGCUCACCUGAUGCUUCCAGCUCCUAGCAGGUGACCUUACCUACAUACCCAGAUUUGCUUCUGAAUGGGACUCACCCUCCUUUGCAGGGACCUUUCUUUAACUUUCACCCAGUGAAGAAGUUUACUUGUGUCAGAGCAAGUCACCAUGAGGAAACAUUCAGCUAAGUGACGUUGCAGACAUCCAAAGUCCAAUCUUCAAGAAUAGAAACUGAAAGAAACAUGAGACUAAUAAAAGGAGAUCCAUCUCCCAAGAGGCUAUAGACAGAUACAGAAAUAUCAAUGGCGGCUGUUAGCAAUAGAGGUCGUGCACCCAGACAGAACAACCAAAGGUGGAAGAUGCAGCCAGAUGACUUCAAAUCAAACUAUUUGCCUUCCCAACACCCAAAGGUCGUAUAUCUGUUGUAUGAGAUCAAGUGGUGCAGAGGUACCGUCUGGAGGGGUUGGUGCUCAAACAAUUCUACCCAACAUGCUGAAGUCAACUUCUUAGAAAAUUGCUUCAAGCCCUUGUCAUCAGUUUCUUGCUCUAUCACCUGGGUCUUAUCUACUACCCCCUGUGGGAAAUGCUCCAAAAGAAUUCUGGAGUUCCUGAGGAUACACCCCAAUGUAACCCUGGAAAUAUUCGCAGCCAAGAUUUUCAAACAUCUGGAUAAUCGUAACCGGCAAGGUCUCAGGAACCUUAUGAUGAAAGGAGUCAUCAUACGUAUUAUGUGUCCUGCAGAUUACAGUUACAGUUGGAAAAGAUUUGUUGCAUACCAACAUGGAGAAGAAGAUUAUUGGCCCCGGAGUUUCAGUCUGUACAUCCUUCUGAACUGCAUAGAGCUCGAGCGUAUCAUUUGGGGGCUUCCUCCACUGUCAAACUUUGAAUACUAACAUCAGCAGCAUGCUUACAAGUUCACUUUGUGCACCACAGCAUUACCUACAGGACUGGAAAAGCCGAUUCCUGGCAGUCUUUCUUACUACAGUUUUGCACAAUGAGUUUCAUUCUGUCACUAUAAUAGGCCUUUAUACCCAGAAGGCUGGGCAUUGCUAAAUAUCGGACACAGCAGAAGGAGCAUUUCCUGUGGACAAGAAAUCAUUGGGAAGUUCAGAUGAUGCAGCCAGGCAACAAGGUUACAGUGCUCUGCAUCUUUAGAAGCCUUCCUGAGAGUCCAGUGUGGAUGAGAAUCAUACCCCAGGAUGAAGCCUUUCAGGUCUGAUGAUUCUGCAGUCCGAUUCUAUGAAUACUCUCUUGAGAGGACAGCAAAUAAUAUUUUUUCAUGCUCACUUGUUCUAUAGAUUUAAUCAGAGCAGAGCACUGUUUUUGAGAAUUUUUUAUGAAGGUCACUUUCAUGACUGUGUGUGUAAGUUUCAGAAAAUACCUCAUGAUAUAAAAUUAAUAUUUUUGUUAUAUUAUGAUUAUACUACUGCUUUUAUUACACUAUAAUACAAUUAUAUUACAAAGGA